CAUCUUAUUUAGUAGCAUCCCAUAGUGAAAGAGUAUCUCAGAUCGUUAAUCUAUUAUGUCAGUAUCUGGCAAUAUCAUUCUGUGAURUCAGUGUUAUUKUGAAACUGCCCAGAGAUAGACWAAUGCAAUGUGAGCUGCGACAAGGACUUGAUCUUGUAGCAAAUCCUAAUGGCAGAUGGUUGAAUUGUUUGAUGUCAGCAAAAAAGAUUGAAACACAGAUUACAACUACUAACAGUAAUGGUUUAUGUGAUACUCUAGUCAAGUUGACUGUUGAGUUUAUUGUAGAGGCAUCUCUUCAGCCAUUGCAAGGAAUCAAAUCUGCUGAUGUUCAAGUUACCCUUCACUCUGUUUCUGCUGUUAUAAAUGAUGGUUUUCUCAUUAACAAUAUUAACUCAUCAUCACCUACCAGAACAGAUUCAUCUUUGAAUGAAGAAAAUGCACUAUCAUCAAAUUCAGAACUGACAAGGGAUAUCUGGCUCCAAUUGGCAAACAUCCCUAAGCACAUGCAAGUCCAUACAGACAAAAUAUGUAUUUCAUUUGUAAAUAGAGAUCAAAGAAAUUUAAGAUUGGAUAUAUCUCAAGUUGUACAAUUUUUGAACAAAAAGAAACUGAAGUUGACAUAAACAGGCAGUGUGAUGUUAAUCUUGUUAUCUCAGGUGUCAGUGCGACAGGGAUCAAAUCAUGUGAGUUGUGUACGUUAAACAGGCUUAGAUUUACUUCAAAG